CUUCCUCUCAAUCACCCACCCCUCAAUUCUCAAACCAGCCUUCCAUUGCAAAGAUGGCUAAGAUUAAGAAGAAGGGAACCUCUGGCCAGGCCAAAAACUACAUUACCAGAACGCAGGCAGUGCGCAAACUUCAGAUCUCCCUGCCUGACUUCCGUCGACUAUGUAUCUUCAAGGGUAUCUAUCCCCGUGAGCCUCGCAACAAGAAGAAGGCCUCGAAGACUUCGACCCCCAACACCACUUUCUACUACACCAAGGAUAUCCAAUACCUGCUGCACGAGCCGCUCCUCCGCAAGUUCCGCGACCAGAAGGCGCUUGCGAAGAAGAUCGCCCGUUCCCUUGGCCGUGGAGAAGUUAGCGAUGCUUCUCGUCUGGAGAAGAACCAUGCGCCGAAACUUACCCUCGACCAUGUCAUCAAAGAGCGCUACCCGACCUUUAUCGACGCCCUGAGAGAUCUCGACGAUGCUCUUUCCCUGCUCUUCCUUUUCGCUAACCUUCCUUCCUCUACCCACGUCCCUCCCAAGACCAUCGCCCUUUGCCAGCGCCUCUGCCACGAGUUCCAGCACUACCUUAUCACCACUAACUCUCUGCGGAAAUCCUUCCUCUCGAUCAAGGGUAUCUACUACCAGGCUACCAUUCAGGGACAAGAUAUCAUGUGGCUGGUUCCCUACCGAUUCGUGCAGCGCGUCAACGGUGAUGUCGAUUACCGUAUCAUGGCCACUUUCGUCGAAUUCUACACCACCCUCCUAGGAUUUGUCAACUACCGCCUGUACUCCACCCUUGGUCUCAGAUACCCCCCCAAGUUCGAUACCCGGAGUGACGAGAACGGUGCCGAAUUGGCGGCUUUCACCCUCGAAGGACGCUCGGUCGGCGAGGCCCCCAAGGCUAUCGAAAGCGGCAAGCAGGCAAGCAAGUCUUCCAACCAGGAGGUCUCGAAAGACGUGCAGGCCAAGGUGGACAAGGUCAUCAAGAGCGCUGGUCUCGAUCAGACCAAGGACGAGCAAACUGUUGAGACGACAGAAGAGGCGACCGACGCUAUCGACAAGUUCGAACCCGCUGCUCCCGAAGCCGAUACUCUCCCCCAACCCGACCUGAGCGGCGAGGAGGCCGGCUCCCUGUUCUCUCCGUUCGUUUUCUACAUUUCCAGAGAAGCACCUAAGGCACCCCUGGAGUUCAUUCUCCGCGCUUUCGGCUGCUCCCGCAUUGGCUGGGACUCCGUGCUUGGUGACGGCGCCUUCACACACGACGAGACCGACACGAGAAUCACUCACCAGAUUGUCGACCGCCCUUCUCUUCCUCAAGAAUCUCUCCCCGCCGUUCCCGCCGCCUCGGCCGAGGGUUCCGUCCAGAAGGUCAGACCGGGUACACGCAUUCCUGGCAGAACCUACGUCCAGCCCCAGUGGGUUUGGGACUGCAUCAACGAGGGCAAGCUCCUCCGUCCCGACCUGUAUGCGCCCGGCGAGACUCUUCCUCCCCACCUGAGCCCGUGGGUCAAGCCUACCAAGGGUUCGUACGACCCUCGUGCCGCCCUGGCCGAUCAGGAGGAGGAAGGUGAAGCCGCCGCUGCGGAGGAAGAGGACAGCGACGAGGAGAUGGAGGAAGCCGGCGAAGAGGACACCAAGGCCGAGGCCGAGGCGCAGGAGUCUGAGGCUGAGAGCGACGAGGAGUCCGACAUCAACGGUGGUAUGGAUGUUGCUGGCACCGACGACGAGAGCGACAGCGACGAGGAAGCGGAGGAAGACGAAGACUUCGGCGGAUUCGAGGACAACGAGGCCGCGUCCGAGUCCGAGGACGAGGAGGAAGCCGCUAGGUCCCAGCACCAGAAGGAGCUAGAGGCCGAGGCUGCCGGUCUCCCGUUCUCCUCCGGAGCCGCGGGCGAGACGAAGAAGAAGCCGCAGUCCAAGAAGAUCGCGUCCAAGAAGCGCAAGGAGGAAGAGGAGUUGGAGCGACAGAAGAUGAUGAUGAGCCGGAAGAAGCGCAAGCUGUUGGAGAAGAUGAUGUACUCGAACAAGAAGAAGGACGAGGAGGCGGCCAAGCUGCGCUCCAAGCGGAGAAAGCUGGAGAAGGCCGGCCAGAAAUAAGCGGUGACAGGGCGCAUCAAAAGUGGAUUUCUAGAGUGUGUAUGUGUGAUAUUAGAAUGAUAUCCUUGCUGGGGUAUUGGAGACAUUUGACUCUUUGGCGUCUUGCAUAGUGCUUUAUUGAUUAGAAACUUAUUUUCAUCA